CGCUCUAGCCGAGCAGGCGGCUAUCGUCUGGUCAACAUGGCGCCUGUGGCCGUGUGUGUCGAUGAGCUGGUGCAGCGUAUUUCGUUACAUACGCGAAAACCUUUCUUCCUGGAUGGCUGCGUGAGCCCGUUCUUGAGUUUGUACACAGCGUGGCUGUACCUGUGGACGUGCGUGUAUGGUGUGUCUGAGUACUAUGAAGCUGGACUAAUUGCGCUCGCCUGCCUAGGCGUCGUGCACAUAUUGACGUGCUUGUUCUGUCACUGGUCGGUGCACGUUCGCUGCCUCCUGUCCUGUAGAAGGGAAACCAACCCAAUGAAGGCAGCGCUUGCAAAAGUCGUGCCCACACCCAACAAUGGCUCAGCUGAGCUUGUCUGCCUCCACGUGGACAGGGUGCAGGGUGAAGAGGAACCAUCAGUGUGGUUUUUCUUCCAGAAAACCAAGUACCAGUACAACUUUGAGCGCAAGGUCUUUCACGGGAUUGAGUUCCCCACAGCAAUGCCCUUGCGCCACUACCAGGAGUGCAAGGGCUAUGUGGAUGAUGCUGACCUGGCAGUGGCAGAACGCCAAUACGGCAAGAAUGACUUGGAGCUGGAGGUCCCAGAGUUUGGUGCCCUGUUCAAGGAACGUGCCACGGCGCCCUUCUUUGUCUUCCAAGUGUUCUGUGUGGCCUUGUGGUGCCUGGAUGAGUUCUGGUACUACAGUGUCUUCACUCUGUUCAUGCUGGUCGCAUUUGAGUGCACCCUGGUGCAGCAGCAAUUGCGCAACCUUUCCCUCAUCCGCAAGAUGGGCAACAAGCCGUACAUGAUCCAGGUCUACAGGAACAGAAAGUGGAGGCCUAUUCUAAGCUGCGAUCUCAUUCCGGGGGACAUUGCGUCUAUAGGCCGGUCCCAAAAUGAGAAUCUUGUUCCAUGUGACAUGCUGCUUCUACGUGGUCCAUGCAUUGUGGAUGAAUCCAUGCUCACUGGAGAGUCAGUGCCUCAGAUGAAGGAGCCUGUGGAGGAGCUGGAUCCAGAGCAGCUUCUGGACAUGGAGGCGCUUGGACGGCUGCACGUUCUCUACGGAGGGACCAAGGUGCUGCAGCACACACCUCCUGCCAAGGCCAGCACAGGACUCAGGCCCUCAGACAAUGGCUGUGUGGCAUACGUGCUGAAGACCAGCUUUAGCACGGCCCAGGGCAAGCUGCUGCGCACCAUUUUGUUUGGAGUCAAGCGUGUGACAGCCAACAACCUCGAGACGUUUGCUUUCAUCCUGUUCCUGCUGCUGUUUGCUGUGGCUGCUGCCUCCUACGUCUGGAUCAAAGGUACUGAGGACCCAACCCGCAACCGCUACAAGCUGUUCCUGGAGUGUGCACUUAUCCUCACUUCAGUGGUGCCCCCUGAGCUUCCUAUUGAGCUCUCCCUGGCUGUGCACACCUCGUUGCUGGCUUUGACACGACUAGGGGUGUACUGUACAGAGCCCUUCCGGAUACCAUUUGCAGGCAAGAUUGAGAUCUGCUGCUUUGACAAAACUGGGACACUCACCUCGGACAGUCUUGUUGUUGAGGGCAUUGCUGGGCUUAGGGGUCAUCCCGAGAUGUGUGCUGUCUCGGAGGCUCCUCUUGAGAGCAUCCAGGUGUUGGCAUCGUGUCAGUCCCUGGCUCAGCUGGAUGAUGGCCUGGUGGGUGACCCCCUUGAGAAGGCCACACUCACUGCCAUUGAGUGGAACCUCACUAAAGGCGACUGUGUGGUUCCCAGGCGGGGCCGUGCCCCCGGUUUGAAGAUCUUCAGCCGCUUCCACUUCAGCAGUGCCCUCAAGCGCAUGUCGGUGGUGGCGGGCUUUGUGCCCCCUGGAGCGAUGGAGACCACCUACAUUGCGGCUGUCAAGGGGGCUCCGGAGACUCUCAAGAGCAUGUUUGCCCACAUUCCCAAGGACUAUGACGAGGUGUACUUGCGCAUGUCACGCCGUGGUGCCCGAGUGUUGGCCAUGGGACGCUGUGUGUUGGGACAGUUGAGUCACCAGCAGGUGCGAGACCUUAAACGGGAUGCAGUUGAGCAGAACCUGGACUUUGUUGGAUUUCUCGUGAUUUCAUGUCCACUCAAGUGUGACUCUCUUGCUGUCAUCAAGGAAAUACAAGCCUCCAGCCAUCAUGUGUGCAUGAUCACGGGUGAUGCACCGCUCACUGCCUGCCACGUGGCCCGAGAGCUCAAUUUCAUCUCCUCUCACCAAGCCACGCUCAUCCUCACAGACUCGGGAGAUGAAAGGUGGGAAUGGGUGAGCAUAGACGAAGCUGAACGGACUCCUCUGGACGAGUCACUGAGUGACCACAGUCUCCCUGACAGGUACAACCUCUGCAUCACUGGUGAGGGCUUGGCCUACCUGACUGCAACAGCCAAUAGCUUUCUGAAGAGAAUGCUGCCCCACAUACGAGUGUUUGCACGUGUUGCCCCAAAACAAAAGGAGCAAGUGAUAACAGCACUCAAGAGCCUCGGCUUCAUUACCCUUAUGUGUGGCGAUGGAACCAAUGAUGUGGGAGCCUUGAAGCAUGCUCACGUAGGUGUGGCUCUCCUAGCCAAUGCACCAGUGGCUCAGAGCAAGCGCAAGAAAGACGAGAACUCUCCAGAUACGCCAGAUGGUGUACCUGACGCAGUUAGCUCCCGCUUGGAGGCCAUGGCUGCUCGGGGACGCUUGGGGAAACGGCCUGAUGGCAAGCCAAGUGGUGUGGGGCCCCGGCUGGGAUCUCGAGCUGACAAGAUGGCAGAUGCCCAGAAGCAGCUGCAGAAGCUACUAAAGGAUCUGGAGGAACAGGACCAGGCACAGGUGGUCAAGCUUGGUGAUGCCAGCAUUGCAGCACCUUUCACCUCCAAGCUGUCCUCCAUCCAAUGCAUCUGCCACGUGAUCAAGCAGGGCCGGUGCACGCUGGUGACGACACUGCAGAUGUUCAAGAUUUUAGCGCUGAAUGCCCUGGUGCUGGCAUACAGCCAGAGUGUGCUCUACCUGGAUGGCAUCAAGUUCAGUGAUACGCAGGCCACACUGCAGGGGCUCCUCCUGGCUGGAUGCUUCUUUUUCAUCUCGCGCUCCAAGCCUCUGAAGGUCCUUUCCCACGAGCGUCCAUUGCCCAAUAUCUUCAAUGCGUACACAUUGCUGACGGUGCUACUCCAGUUUGCAGUGCAUUUUGCCAGCCUUGUCUACCUCGUCCAGGAGGCUACUGCACGCUCACCACCUCGGCCUGAGAAGUUUUCUGAUCGAGAUGACGAAUUCAAGCCAUCUCUUCUCAAUAGCACCGUUUACGUCAUAUCCAUGGCACUCCAGGUGUCUACGUUUGCCAUCAACUAUAGGGGCUACCCUUUCAUGGAAAGUCUAAGUGAAAACAAGCCGCUGCUGUACAGCCUACUCAUAUCGGGUGUUUCAGUUGUUGCACUUGUGGCUGGCGUGGCGCCUGAUGUGGCCAAACAGUUCGAAAUUGUCCACUUUCCUGGAGAUAUGCAGCGGAUCAUUCUCCAAGUGCUGGCCUUCGACCUCGUCUGCGCAUUUGUUGUUGAUCGUGCCUGUCUAUUUCUCUUUGGCAAGAGGAAGCUGCGGAACUCUUGAAUGAUAUUUGUUUGAAGUGGCCAUCCAAUAUCAGCCAAAAUGCUUUGUUUUAAGAACAUGUUCUCUUUGGAAAUGUG